GAAAUGGCGGGUGAGACGUGGAUAUUUUGAGAACAUUUGAUAAGAGGAGCGAAUAAAGUUCGAACAUCAUCAAGGGGGGAGGGGUUCACGGAGAGCGGCGUCAAUAUGGCUAGGAUUAAGAAUCAUGAAAAGCUUGUGAAGCCCAAGCCAAAGUCAACGACCAGUGGCGAGUCUAAAAAGGAAUAUUCGACAAAAAUUCCAAUGCUAAAUACGAUAUUGACCGCUACCUGCAUAGCUGUAGCUGCCUGGUUCAGCUAUAAGGGCUACUUGGAGACUCGUGUGAAUACGCCGUUUGAUACGGAGAAGCUCGUCACCGAAACUGGGCUCGAUGUUCCGGACCGAUACUGGGGGACCUAUAGACCUGGAGUUUAUUUCGGAUUGAAAACAAGAGAUCCUUAUUCUUUGGUCACUGGUUUGAUGUGGUACUUUCCACGCCAUUUGAGGCAGGGUGGCGAAGGGUUCAGACACUGGUGCGAACAAGGGGAUCAGCUGGAUAGAUACGCUUGGCUUGAGCACGAUGGUAAAAACUUUGGAGUACAAGAGAUAGUGGAUGGCGGGGCAGUAAUAAGAACAACAUUUGUAAAAAAAUUUGGUGGAAAUCACGGUGGUGAUUGGACAGCAAGGAUUGGAGUAUCUUCGGAGAAUAAAGAAAGGAAUGGAGAGGAAAUUUCUCUGCUGUUUUACACGGCAAUCGAGGAUAAGACUAAGGGCUGGAUCAGGUCUGUUGUGGGGGGUGAUGAGAAACUGACCGGAGUUGAGGGAAACACAGAUGGUCUAGGAUCCUUCAAGUUGGAUAUGACUCCCAUAACUGGGACGGUAAUCGAGCAUUCAUUUUUGGUAACUGUUGCACCAGGUUUGCACGUCCUGAAAGAGACUGUUCUGAACAAUUUGAGAUUGUCACCUCACAAAGGGAGUUCGAAAAAGUACAUAGUUUUGGGUGGAGAACAGAUGCCGUUGGACAUUGAGGGUAAAGGAAUACAGCCAAAUUUCAUCGUUACACAAAUUACAGCUAAGAUCCCGUUCGAAUUUGAAGUUGCAUUUGAAUCUGGUACCUUUAUUGACCGCGGCGAGAGACUAGUUGGGAAGACUUAUGAUUUGGCAUUAGCAAACUGGAGACAACAGUUCAGUGACAAGUUUGAAAAAGUAUUCAAUUUGAAAUCGAAACAAUUCAAAGAGGAUGAGAUCAAUUUUGCCAAAAUGGCGUUCUCCAACAUGAUCGGCUCGAUUGGAUACUUUUACGGCAGUUCACAGGUCCAGAGCGAAUACACCAAAGUUCCCGUCCCAUACUGGAAGGGAUCUUUGUAUACCGGAGUGCCUAGUCGAAGUUUUUUUCCCAGAGGAUUUCUGUGGGACGAGGGAUUCCAUGGAUUACUCAUAUCAGCAUGGGAUCUGGACAUACAGCUAGACAUUAUUUCCCACUGGUUUGACUUGAUGAAUGUAGAAGGAUGGAUACCAAGGGAGAUGAUUCUGGGUCAAGAGGCGCUUGCCAAAGUGCCAGAGGAAUUUGUCACCCAAAUAAACACAAAUGCGAACCCGCCCACUUUCUUCCUUACGCUACAAUCGAUUCUGAGUCGUUACAGCGAGAAUUUGAACGACAAACAUCUUCGCCAAUUGGAGAGGUUAUAUCCCAGGUUGCAGACCUGGUUCGAAUGGUACAACAUGACGCAGAUAGGAGAUCUGCCAGGAACAUAUCGAUGGCGUGGCAGGGAUCCGACUGCAAUUCGUGAAAUCAAUCCCAAAACUUUGACUUCAGGGCUCGAUGACUUCCCAAGAGCGUCGCACCCUAACAUUGACGAACGCCAUGUAGAUCUUAGAUGUUGGAUCGCGUUUUCGGCCCACAUAAUGUCCCAGAUAUCUGAAGUCCUGAAAAGAUCAGGAUGCAAGUACGCUGAUACCUUCAACUACUUGUCGGAUAACGAGCUACUAAAUAAACUGCACUGGUCACCCAGUAGACAACGUUACUCUGACUAUGGCUUACAUACGGAUAAAGUUGUCUUGCGGAGGCCAAAAUCACCCCCAAGAUCUCAUGCACCCACGUCUGAAAUGGUGAGGGUAGUUUUGGAAGAUCCAACGUUGCGCUAUGUCGAUUCGACAUUCGGAUACGUUUCUCUUUUCCCAUUCAUCCUGCAUUUGAUAGAACCAAAUUCACCGCAGUUGAACAAAAUUUUGAAUGAUUUAACGGACCCGGAAUUGCUUUGGACCAAUUACGGACUGAGAUCGCUCGCUCGGAACGCUCCUCUGUAUAUGGCAAGGAAUACCGAACACGAUCCUCCAUACUGGAGGGGUGCGAUAUGGAUGAACAUUAAUUACCUCGUUGUUAGAGCUUUACAUCACUAUUCUAAGUAUGAAGGACCUUCGCAGUCUGAGGCGCGCAGGGUAUACCAUGAGUUGCGUAAAAAUUUGAUAAGAAACGUUAUUUCACAGUAUAAACGAUCUGGUUACUUGUGGGAAAAUUACGGGGAUGUACACGGAGAAGGUAAAGGAAGUCAUCCGUUUACAGGAUGGACUUCCCUAAUUGUUUUACUUAUGGGGGAAUUGUACUAGAAUGUUAUUAUUAUUCGCUCCGUAACAGAGAUAGAACCAAAAACACACAAAAGACUUGCAGUAAAGUAAAAUGAUUAAUAUAGUGACAUAUUAUCAGUGUCAAAAAAUAAUCGAUAGAUCUUUGUAGAGAAGUUCGGCGAAUGACUAGAGUUAUUUAUAUGGCUGGGAAGAUAUUGCCUGGUUGUAUGAGGUCGUAGUUGUUUUUUCAGUGUGGGGAAUUCUUUUGGUUACAAAACAAUACUAGCCAAUAAACCAGUCGAGUAGAAUGUUUUGAAAUACCACAAUUGGUUAAUAUUUAGAAUAAUUCAGCUAGAAUUAGCCCACAAUUCAUUCUUUUCUAUUACACUCUUUUUUUCUCUACUGAUGACGAGUAGUCAGCCCACAAUCAUAGGAUAACUCAACUUCAUUUUAAUCGAAGUUUAGAUGUUUAAAAUUACAUAUUGUCGACACCAUGUCUUCGUAAAUCUUAUACAUUAUACAUACUUUAAUUUUGUACAUAGAUAUAUGUAUAAAAAAAGGAGUACUUUAAAAAAUUCUGGCUGUGAGUUGUUGAACCUUCUAGUAGCGCGAGCUAUAUUUAUAUCUACGCCAAUUUCACUAUUCUCAUACUAUACUCUUACAUUAUUAUUCCGUUGUAAUAAAAUUCUUAUUUUUCAAA